AAUCUUUAUCUUUUCUCACAGAUCUAAGUUAUCUCACUCUUCCUCUCCCACUAGCUCGCAUAUCACCUCCACAGCUUAUCCAGCCAUAUCAUUGUAACAAUGGGUACGGAGAUGAAUAUGCUUCCAAAAUGUGAAGCCAAUUACGCUGCUCUCACCCCCACAACUUUCUUGAAGAGAGCUGCUGCGUUUUAUUCUAACCGCACCUCUAUCAUCUAUGAAGGCACUCGCUUCACUUGGCGCCAAACCUACGACCGCUGCUCUCGUCUCGCCUCCACUCUUGUAUGCCUCAACAUUGUCAAGCACGAUGUUGUAUCAGUCCUAGCUCCUAAUAUUCCGGCAAUGUAUGAGAUGCACUUCGCCGUGCCUAUGGCUGGUGCGGUCCUCAACACCAUCAACACCCGCCUAGAUGCAAAGAACAUUGCUUCCAUUCUCAAACACUCAGGCGCCAAGGUCUUCUUUGUAGACUGCCAGUUCGUCCCUGUGGCACGAGAGGCUCUCAGACUCCUUAUGAGCAGUUCCGAGCCCUCCAUGAUGCCCUUGGUCAUCGUCAUCGACGACAUCGACUCACCUACCGGAGUUCGGUUGGGUGAACUGGAGUAUGAACAACUAAUCAACAACGGUAACCCGGGUUUUGCCUCGGUCGAGGUUAAUGACGAGUGGGAUCCGAUCGCUUUGAAUUACACAUCUGGAACGACUUCUGAACCCAAAGGCGUUGUGUACAGCCACAGAGGUGCUUACUUGAGCACUUUAAGCCUAAUCCUUGGUUGGGAAAUGGGGAGCGAGCCUGUUUAUCUAUGGACACUGCCUAUGUUCCACUGCAAUGGCUGGACCUUCACCUGGGGUGUGGCGGCACGUGGUGGAACAAACAUCUGCCUCCGUAACACCACCGCGUUCGACAUCUACCGCAACAUUAAACGACACCAGGUCACCCACAUGUGUUGUGCUCCCAUCAUUUUCAACAUUCUCCUCGAAGCUAAACCCCACGAGCGCUGCGAGAUCGUCUCCCCAAUCCAAAUACUUACCGGUGGCGCACCGCCUCCAGCUCCGCUGCUUGAGAAAAUCGAGCCGUUGGGAUUCAAGGUCACACAUGCAUAUGGCUUGACUGAAGCAACCGGACCGGCUUUGGUCUGUGAGUGGCAGGCCAAGUGGAAUAAGCUGCCCAAGGAGGAACAAUCAAAUCUUAAAGCAAGGCAAGGAAUAAGUAUUUUGACUCUUGCUGACGUUGACGUGAAGGACUCGGAUACAAUGGAGAGUGUUGCUCAUGACGGCAAAACGAUGGGAGAGAUUGUGCUGCGCGGGAGUAGCAUCAUGAAGGGUUACUUCAAGGACCCAAAAGCCACGAACAAAGCCUUCAAGAACGGUUGGUUCUUCACUGGCGACGUUGGUGUAAUCCACCCAGAUGGUUAUUUGGAAAUUAAAGACAGAUCAAAAGACGUGAUCAUCUCCGGAGGUGAGAACAUUAGUAGUGUGGAAUUGGAGAGCGUUCUUUACAGACACCCGAACAUUUUGGAAGCAGCCGUGGUGGCAAUGCCUCACCCACGGUGGGGAGAGACUCCUUGUGCUUUUGUGGCCCUCCGAAGCAACAACUCCAACGUCAACAUAAGAGAGUCUGAUAUCAUCAAUUACUGUAGGAAGAACUUGCCGCACUUUAUGGUCCCGAAGAAGGUGGUGUUUGUGCCUGAACUGCCGAAGAACUCAACCGGGAAGAUUCUCAAGUUUGAGCUGAGGGAGCGAGCUAAGGCCUUUGAACCUGUCGACGUAUCGGAAAACCAGCAGCGACUCGUCGUGAAUUCUCAACCGUCUGGCUGUAACGAGCAUAUUCUGGCUAUGUCUCGGCUUUAAAGAUAUUUGUGUUUUGCUUAAUAAGAACUGAGGUAACUUGGUACACAAGUUGGGACGGGGACAUGAAAUAGUGAGAGUUCGAAAGUAAUUUGUUGCUGUCACAUUCACACUCAAACGUACUAGUAGUGGGAGAACAUUCAACUACAACUACUGCCGAAGCACUAUGAUUUUAUUGUUGUAUUAUACUAUGAUAUGGCCCAGCUGGUUGGUCUCAACAAACAAUAUGAUGUAACUGCAUACCCUCGGAACCUAAUUUGAGAAGAUAUUUCUA